CUUUGUUGGGCGAUACCUUAUGUGCAAGUGAACAAGAUGCCACAGCGUCCCCGAAAAUUUCAGCGCAUCUCAAGGGCUUGUGACUUUUGCCAUCGACGUAGCAUAAAAUGCACGAAGCCCCGAGGCCCACUCCACCCCUGUGGGAACUGUGUAGAUUUUGAUAUACCUUGUACCUAUGAGCGUCCGUCACGGAGAAGGGGUGGGAAUAGAGGAGCCCGCCAAGAGAGACACGAGCCUGCAAGUCAACAGAAUACGGAAGUCGGAGUUGCCACCACCCCCUCUCGACCAGUUCAUUCGGAUGAUGCUUUUCACUCUGGCAUGAAUCCUCAAUUAUCCAUGGCAGUCAAUAACUCCUGGGCAACUGUGGAUCAGGAGUAUAGCUCCGAUCCAUCAUUGAAUCCCUGGAAGGCACUUGCAAUCGCCUGUCAGUCUGUGGUGCAGGAUCUCGCCCAGGUAUACUUUGAGAUUGUCUACCCGAUAUUUCCUUUCUUUCAUCGACCGUCAUUCUUGAGAGUCCUCCAUAAUAAAAAGCAUCUUGAGGACCAGGGUCUAUUUGCCUCAACAAUGGCAAUGUGCUCCCUAGCCUCUGCACGCGCUAGGGAUGGCGCUUUAUAUUCGAAUCGGCGAUCACCAUCUCAGCUCUCCCAUCCGCCACCGGAGGUUUUCUGGACAGCAGCUGCGGAGUCUAUACCUCGCAACCUGGCUGCAGCAAGAGGCAUCGAAUAUAUGAGGGCAUGUGCGAUUCUCAGCAUUACCGCUAUUCAAAAUGGUCAGAUCCGGGAGAUGCAUAAAUAUCUAGGGCACUAUCAUACAUUAAGUAUUAUGGAAGGGCUACAUGAUGAGAAGUCAUGGCCUAAAGACUUGAGUACCAUUGAGGUUGAGGUUCGACGGAGGCUGUUCUGGUCUAUGUAUACACUUGAUGUUUAUUCGGCGACCGUGUGGGGAGGCAUGGUCCGCUUCAGAGAAAUCCAGUCAAAUGUACGCUACCCCAGAGAGGUAAAUGACGACCUGCUGGAUUUCGAAAACAAAGCACAAAUAUCGGCGGAUUAUACCACUCCGGCUUCUAAUACUUAUGAAUACUCUGUAUGGAUGCGGGGGUGGAAUUUCACUACUGAUCUUUAUAGAAUAUUGGAGCAUGCUAUUGAUGGCCAGCGGCAAACGCUGCGCGGCGAGAAUGAGAGCCCUUGGUCAUUAUUUCGUCCUAACCCUGUCCCAGGCCAUUUAAUUAUAAAGCAUGUACAUUCUAUGUUCUCAGCUUUACCGUCGCAGCUUCGAUUAACCGGACCCGUCACUGGCGACCCUGAGAAUGAUAUUGUGGGAUUCCAAUCAGCCAAUAUUCAAGCAACGCUCCAGCUUCUUAACAUGGUCCUUUCUUCAAAUGAGGACCAAGGAAUAGAGGAGAAAUGCGAAGUUGCUGGUAACGUGCUCAACGUGUUUACCAAAGUCCCGAUUGAAUAUCUAAAAGCUAUCAGUUCUCCACUGCUCUAUCACUUGGGGGGAAUUGGGUUUAUUCUUGGAUCUGUCAUGGAAGGAAGCCUCUCUGAGGUGUCUUAUCAAAGAAUCCGCAAGCUUCUAUUAGAGAUGGCAGCACUUCUGUAUCAAAUGGAAUCGGGACUUACCUGCUCCACUGGCGCCAGUGAACGACUCAAAACACAAGUUAUGCGUAUAGAUGAGUAUAUGGAUAAGACUCGGCAUGCCAGUAUGCACGCUGGGCUGGCAGAAAUCGGCCAAUCGCAACACUUCGAAGGCUACGUACAACCUUCUGCAGUCCAGUCUGCAGACUUUGAUGAUCCGCUAACUUGCUUUGAACUGCCUUCAGACUUACUGGAUGACUGGCCAUGGUCGUCCGGUGCUGGCUCGUUAGGUGGGAUGUUUCCGAUGGCGUUAGCGAAGACAGAUAACUAGAUGGUUCGUUGACUUAUUCAAAUUUUCCAAACCUCCAAUCUUCCUACCAUGGCGGUGAUGUAUAAUAGACAUAGAACAGAGUAAUGCGACUUCUAAGGAAGAUGUCAAA